UUCAAGAUAAACACAUCAAUUACUGAUUCAAGCUUUUGGAAGAAGAAGAAAAUGGUGAUGAGGCAGAACAUUAAUUCUCUUGUAAUUGGAUCAAUUGGAGCAGCACUGACCUUAGUAGCAUAUUCACAAACAUUGAUAUCACCAACUCAAUGCAUCACUCUUGGCCUCUUUGUCCUCAUGUUUGCCUUGCUUAUAAGGGAAGGUCUCAUAUCUUUUUGAUUAUAUAUAUUGUGUGUUUAAUUUAAUUUGUUGAAAAUAUAUAUAGUAAAGACUGAAGAGUUUAAUUUCUUUUGGAAAUUUUCAGACUUAAUUAUUAUUUUUACUUAAUUUUUCUUGCUCCGUGUUUUAAUUGUUCAUCAAUCAUAGAUUCAUAGCCCAUGAAACUUGAUAGGGUUGAAGGAAAAAUACCUGAUGUAAUUUACAUACUGCCUGAUUUCUUUCUUCUUAUGUAUUAGGAAAUAGGAAUUGUCUUUAUUGAAGCCGGUGAAAUAAAUAUUGAGUUAAUUAGAAUGGUUUUAUCUCUCCCCUCUCUUUAUGUAUAAU